AGCUGAGCUAGCUGUAGAGGCAAGUCACAGGGUAGGCCUACAUGUGGAGUGGAACUUAAGCUGUAUCGGUCUGAGUACUCUGAAAGCAACAAAGGGAAAAAGAUUAAAGAUUGACACCAGUCAAAGAAGUAGGUCUAUUCCUGGCCUGAUACAUGGAAGAAGAAAGCUCAAUGGAAUCCUACAUAAAAAAGGAAGACUUUUUGUUUUAUGAAGCUGAGACGGGUAAGAGUGAUAGAGAUCAAGUAUCACUGCAGGAAGAUGUAAAACAGUCCUGUGUUGAUGAGGAAGGUUGGAUUCACAUGUGUGCUAAACCUGAGAUGCCCAGUACAGCUCUUUCAUCAGAUCCACAAGAGAGUAAAACAGUCUUGAUUGCACUUGGCCAAGAGUCUGUAUUGGAAGAUGAUGAGAGGAUUGGAGAAAACUCUCAAGAGAGUAGUGAAAGGGAGUCCAUGCCACCUACACACCAAGAGAGGAACUCUGUUAGUUUUGAUGUUCUCAUCAAAGAAGAAAUUGAUUCCGAGCAGAAUGGGGAAGGCGGAAGAUGCUUCAAUGAAGAAAAAGGAGAAAGUGGAGACAACGAUCGUGGCGGAAACAAUGAAUCUUGUGAAUGUAAGGUGACAGAGCCUACAGGGUCUUUUCAGAAGAAGCAUGAGAGAACCGACUCCGGUGGAAAAACAUCACUUCAAUGUUUCUUCUGUGAUCGCUCAUUUUCUAAAGAGUGUCACCUUACCAGACAUCUCCAAUCUCAUGUUGGUAUAAAGACCUAUGACACUUUCCAUUGUUCCCUUUGUAAAAAGUCAUUUUUGUCCAAUUCUGAUCUUGUAAAACACAAGACAAAAUGCACAGGGGAGAAGCCUUAUGCAUGUAUUCAUUGUACAAGUACAUUUGCUAAACAGAUGGACCUUAAGGUACAUAGCAGAACACAUAACCAAGUAAAGAACAUUCUAACGGUACAAACACAAGAUCAAACAGAUCAUUCUUAUAGCCAAAGCCAAUCUCAAUGUUCAUAUUGUAAAAGAGCUUUCAAAACAAAGUCCAACCUUGACUCACACAUAGGAACAAUGACUUUUGAAAGUUCUUAUUCAUGUUCUCAUUGUAGCAGUACAUUUCCAUCCAAGUGUAUUCUAACUCUUCACAACAGAACACAUCUUGAACAUAUAUCAUGUCAAUGUGCUCUAUGUGGCAAGACGUUUGCAUCAUUGUCUGGGAGAACUAGACACAUGAAAUGGCAUACAGGAGAAAAGCCUCAUGAAUGUUCACAUUGUGGUAAGAGAUUUUUCCAUAAAGGUAAUUUGAAUGUACAUAUUCGAAUUCACACAAAAGAGAAACCCUACAAAUGUGAUCAUUGUAGCAAGGGAUUUUCCUACAAGAAAACAUUUAAUUUGCACAUGAUCGAACAUUCUGAAAAAAUACUACAGGAAUGUUCUGUCCGUAAAGAGAAAUUAGCAACGUCAAACCGCAGCAUAGAAUGUUCUCAAAACGGAUCCCAAAGUAAUAAUAUUGUAACAAUGACCCCUCGGAAAACAACGACCCCUCGGAAAACAAUGACCAUUGAAAGUUCUUAUUCAUGUUCUCAUUGUAGCAGUACAUUUCCAUCCAAGUGUAGUCUAACUCUUCACAACAGGACACAUCUUGAACAGAAAUCAUAUCAAUGUUCUCUAUGUAGCAAGACGUUUGCAUCAAUUUAUGUGAGAACUAGACACAUGAAAUGGCAUACAGGAGAAAAGCCUCAUGAAUGUUCACAUUGUGGUAAGAGAUUUUUCGGAAAAGGAAAUUUGAACUCACAUAUUCGAAUUCACACAAAGGGCAAACUCUACAAAUGUGAUCAUUGUAGCAAGGAAUUUUCCUACAAGAAAACAUUAAAUUUGCACAUGAUCGAACAUUCUGAAAAAAUACUACAGGAAUGUUCUGUCCGUAAAGAGAAAUUUGCAACGUUGAACAGCAGCAUAGAAUGCUCUCAAAACGAAUCCCAUAGUGAUGAUAUCGAAAUAAUUACCCCCCGGAAAACAAUGAAUAUUGAAAGUUCUUAUUCAUGUUCUCAUUGUAGCAGCUCAUUUCCAUCCAAGUGUAGUCUAACUCUUCACAACAGAACACAUCAUGAACAGAAAUCGUAUCAAUGUUCUCUAUGUAGCAAGACGUUUACAACAGCACAAGGGAAAAAGACACAUAUGAGAAGGCAUACUGAUGAAAAGCGUCAUCAGUGUUCUUACUGUAGCAAGAAGUUCUUUGAUAAAACUCAUUUGAACGAACAUGUUCGAAUACACACCAAGGAGAAACCCUACAAAUGUGAUCAUUGUAACCAGGGAUUUUCCUACAAGAAAACAUUUAAUUUGCACAUGAUAAAAAAUUCUCGAAAAAUACUACCGGAAAGUUCUGUCUGUAAAGAGAAAUUAGCAACGUUAAAGUGCAGCAAAGAAUGCUCUCAAAACGAAUCCCAAAGUCAUAUCAAAACAUGCCCUGAAGAAAAACCUUAUCAGUGUUCUGAGUGUAACAAAACAUUCUCAGCAGAGUGUAGCCUCAUUCUUCAUGAGAGAACACAUCCCAGAGGCCCACAGAAAAUGCAUGGAUGUCCCCUCUGUAGCAAGAGAUUCCGUAAUGAAUACUCUGUUUAUGUGCAUAUGAGAAAACAUACAGAGGAGAAAAGAUAUCAGUGUUCUUACUGUCCUAAAGCAUACUCUCAAAAAGGUCAGCUAGCCGACCACAUAAGAUCGCAUACGGGAGAAAGGCCUUUCAAAUGUUCUCAGUGUGAUAUGGCAUUCAUGAGAAAAUGUUAUCUUCAGAAACAUGUAAAAUUACACAGUGGUAAAAAGUCGCAAUAAAGUUUUACGAGGUUGUGACAGUAAUUGAAUUGUCUUUGGCUUUUCUGCAACUUUAGAAAAAUAGCAAGUUGAGAAAAAUAGAAGAUGUUUAAAGGUAAUACAAAGUUUUGGUAUGGGGUCAUGAAUUUGGUUCAAAUGAACAUAUUGGAAGCAUAUGCGAUCCUACAAUAUUCAGUGAUCGUU